UGCGUUCUUAUGAAAACUGGGAGUAACGACAUGACUGGCGGCAUUUUUCCUAAAGUCGCCUACGCGUGGACACACGCAGAAAAUAAAACCGUCUGUGUGAUAUCUGAACACAGUGCCAUACAGAUCAGUGAAGUUGGUUCAGAGUGAAGGACACACCGAACACAGAAAACAUGGCUUGUACAUCGCAGUCUGCCAAAGAUUAUGUCAAGACUGCCAGAGUCCAUCUUGUGAGAGAAUUGAAGAAUCUGUCUGUGAUUGUGCAGAAUUUGAAUCAGAAAGGGGUUCUUGGUGAGGAAGAGGUCAGCUUAAUACAGGCAGAGAAAACUGAUGAAAACAAAAGAAGAAUGAUACUGGACUCAGUCAUUAAAAAAGGCGAAGAAGCCUGCUAUGAGUUACUCAAGAUUAUAGACAUGACGAGGAAGAGGACUUUAGGGAGGCUUCCUUUUCUUUCUGAGAAAACAAAUGAAACUUCCAGAGAGACCAAGUUUGACCUGCACCACUGGAUCAGCUGCUUUUCUUUCAAGGAAGAACCACAAAUGGACAGGAACUACUUACAAGGACCGAGGCCAUGCCACAGAUAUCAGGAAAAGUUAAAAUUAAAAGUAAAGAAAAUAUUAAAUGACUUUUGGGCAUCAAGUAAAAACCUGUUUGAAGAAAACAAGAAACCUGAUCUGUUGUACAUUUCUCUUAUAUUAGACACACAGAGCAAUGCUUCUCCAACUAAAAUAAAGAAACUGAAGAAAAAGAAAAGCAAGCUGAGUCGCCCUAAAAAG